UUUAGCACUCCGGCUUUCUUCGCAUCUCUUCGCCGCUGGCCAAACAAUAUCCGCCGCCGCCCCCAGUGCUUCUUCCCCUCCCCAGCUCCCCCUUGGCCAUUGCUAGGGAUUCGAAGGGAAGAUGGCCUCUUAAUUGUUUGGGGAAUCGAUGAGAUUUGAGAUCUGGAGGGAGUCUGUUUCUUCACCGUGCCGUAUGCUCCCGCUUUCUUUUUUGUAGAAAAAAAAUCAGGGCGGGCAUUGGGGAGGACAUUCGACCAAUCAGUUGUAACGGAGAAGAAUAAGGGAGAUCUCAGAAUAAGGGGAGCCGUGGUUAAUAAUUCGAUGGCAGUGAUGAGUUUCCGGCGGUUGGUGCAUCUGGUGGUGGACGACGUGGGCCUCCGCCGCACCUACAGCCUGCGCAGCAUCGACAUGUCCCGCCUUUUCCGCCGUCCCCCACGAGAGUCCACCGGUGGCUGCGGCCGUCCAGACCAGCCACCGCCGACGGAGGAGGAUCAUGAGAUGAAGCCGUGCCCCCUCCCCGCCCCAACCAUGACCUUCUACCCGCCCCGAUGCUGGCACCACGACGGCCAGAUGGCGUUCAUGCUCCUCGGCGGCAGGCACAACAAGGUGGUCGCCGCCGACCAGACUGGCCGCGCCGUCCUCUACGACCCCGACCAGCACGCCGUCCGCACCUUGUGCGGCUUCGGUGCGUUCAAGUCCAUGCCGGCCUCCCUCACCGUCGGCGAGGACCACCUCUACGUGCUCGGCACGGUCCCGUGCGAGGAUGGCCGGUACUUCGAGUGCCUAGAGCUUGACAGCGACGGUCUCGUCGAGGACUGGCACCCCCGCGUUCUCCCGCCGCCGCCUUACAUAUACGACGAGCCCGGCAUCGACUCGUACACAGCGGUCGAGGGUGGUGGUCCCACCCACAUCUUGGUGUCCAAGGCGCGCAUCGGCACCUACUCGUUCGACACAGCAGCGGAGGCGUGGAGCAAGGCUGGCGACUGGACGCUGCCGUUCAGCGGCCGCGCGGAGUAUGUUCCCGAGCACGACCUCUGGUUCGGCCUCAGAGACAACAGCCCCUGCGAGUUCUGCGCCGUGGACCUCGCCGCCACCACGGCAUGGAGGCCCCCGGCAGUGCGCAACCUUUGGAAGGACUUCACCCCGCCGGCGGAGUGGACAGUCUUUUCUCCAGUAUCGUGCCUUGUGCACCUAGGAUCCGCUCGGUUCUGCAUCGCUAGGUUCUUCACCGCCGACCCGCUUGGCCCCUACCCAGUCGGCCACGCAGUGUUCACCGCCGUUGAGGUGGAGCGCUGUGCCGCCACUGACGGAGGGCUUCGAAUGGUGAAGCACGGAUCGCUGUACAUGCUCCUCCAUGAGAUGCAGAUGAUCCCUUGGGUGCUUUGAUUAGCUUCUAUUAGUACCUAGUAGCGACAGCACAAGAUCUCAUAUGAAAUCCUCUUGAGGCCCCAGUAGAUCUUUAGUAGUAGGAGUAGCAAUCAACCUCACUUGGCACAUGAUGAUUUUUUAUCAGGAUUGUCGAUGUUUGUGUCAUGCAUGGUAGUGUUUAGGGAGGCCUCUGUAAUAAAAUUGGUGUGAUCAUUUAGAAGCUGUUGAGUAACUUGUUAUUCAUGUUAUGUGUGCCUAUAUAAUAUCAUAAAUAAAUGUGUUUCCCAUCUAGUUGAGUUGUUGAGUUACUCUCUCUAUUGUGUUGCAAGCAGUUGCCAAGUUUGAUGCAGAUUUCAAGUCAAGUACUAUUUGAAUCAGAGUGGUGACUGAAUGACUAGUUGUGUUUGGUUUCAUACUUUCAUCAAUAAAAAAGGAGCCAUGCGACUUGCAACUUAGCGCUACAUCCAGGAGUUAGCAGUCUCAAAAGCAUUUCCAAGCAUCAACAGUUGUGUUCUUCAGUGUUUGUGAGAAUGUUCUGUGGUGUUUCUUCCAAAAAAAGAACUUCGCUACAGGGGGAGAGAUCCAGGGGGAAGAAAAGAAUCCACAUCCACUAGCUAGAUAUGUACAUCCACCACUUGUAAAGCCCUAAAGCCUAUAUUGUUGUCAGCAUGGCCAUUCUGAGAGGGUAGGGCUUGAAUAUGCAGGAGGUAAGAAACGAAGGUUAGUAUUUGGUUGACUGGAAAAUAAUAUUGAUCCCAAGACUAGAAGUUGUUUCAGUUUCACGCAUACUAAAUGUAUAUAGUAACACGGAACAAGUGAGCAUGCAGGGAACAGGCAAGGUGAAGAAAAUCAAUCAACAGUAAACAGCCACACGUCCACUCUAGAAGCCACCCAUUUAUUAGAGGCCAUUGUCUGAUCACACUUGUUGAAUGAACCGCAGGUAUGCUUUGGUCCACUUGUCUUAACCUGAAUCAAGAUAUGUAUGAGAACAAGUCAUAAAAAAAUGUGCACUUACAACUAGAUGAUCCAAAUAGUCGACAUUUACCUUGCAACCAGCGUAUUUCUUGCUUGUAGAUGCAAAAAAAAGUCCACUUGCAUCCUUGUUCAGCUCUCUUACACUUGGCUCUAAAUCUGGCCGUGUCUUUUUUCGCAAUAUCGAAAGCAUGAUCAUGCAAGAGAGCAUGAUGUGUGACUUUUGCACUGAUCCGUAUCUGGGAAGACCACAUUCACAUCAAUACAUGGAUCGUACUCAUCUUCCUCAUCAACUAUUUCAGCAUUAGGAUUAAACUCAGUGUUAGAGUUGCUAUCAUCCCUAGAGUCAGAUGAUGCAGCCAAAUCUGUGUCAUAGCUGCUAUCACUUUGUACCUCUUCACCUCCCUCAUUUGUGGCUGUUUCAUUUGUGCCUCUCUCAUUUGUGGCUGUUUUGUUUGUGGCUCUCUCAUUUGUGGCUGUUUUGUUUGUGGCUCUCUCAUUUGUGGCUCUCUCACUAGAAAAAACUCGGCCGGGUGGGGAAAGACCGCCCCACCGGUAUUGACUUUCUAGAAGAAGCCUCGGCUUCCCCGACCGAGAAAAUCCCCGAACCCUGGCCCCGCCCUGACACUGGGGGCCGUAGCCCAUGGGAACCCUGCCUGGGCCACGUAAGGGUCCUCAGGCCGACCUGGUGGGCCGUCCACACCAGUGCAUUGGCACCGGGGCCAGCGAGGGGAUUUUUUUAACCUCAGCCUGAAAUUCGCUCCCACGGGGAGUCGAACCCAGGACCUGAGGAGUGCCGCUGGGUUCCUCUAACCAACUCAGCUAGAGGCCCUUUGGCUGGCUCUCUCACUAGUGCCUUCCUUAGUCAGGAGCACAUUAGAUCUCACGUGAAACCUUCGCUUUGUUGGUGAAAACUGUAGUGGCCCAUGAAAAUCAACUACCUGAGCAUUGAUACAUACUAAUCCCUUCUCUACAUUCAAUAGAAACCACUCUAACAAUUUUUCAUCAGAUUUUAUCUCCAUAGAGUAAUUCUCCAAAUCACGCCACAAAGUCAUGUAUUGUUUAGAACCCCACAAGCAGUGCUAAGCAAUGAAAUCAACUAGCUGCAUCAGCCCAAAGCUAGUUAUGUCAACAAUCUUGGUCGGCAAGUUCUACCUUGCCACCAUGAUUUUGGACCACUGUCAGGCAAACUGAAAAAAGAGCGCACUCUAACGACAAGUUUCAAUUCUCUGUGAUUUACCCUACAAAUCACAGGAGGGAGUAAAGAAGUUAGGGGGAUGUUAACACAUGUACUAAUCGUUGGCCGGUUCUUCCAUCUCAUAAACACACAUCUCAGAAAUUGAUGAAACUAUACCUCUGUUCUUCCAUGGUGAUUCUCCAGAGCUGGUUUGUUGGAGGCAGAGGAUGUUGUGGAGGGGGGCGAGCAAGGUGCUGCGGCACUUGUUUGAGGCGCCUCGGGAGGGGCGCGACGGUGCCGCGGGGUGAGCGCGCCGGCGCCUGGGCGGCCACCACACGAGACGGGCGCGAUAGCCUCUUGACGGCGGCUGCGAGAGAGGGGCGCGCCAAUGUGGAGGGAGGGGCGCCAGCGCGGGAGGGGCGCGAUGGCUGCGCGCGGGGUGGCGCCGCCGCCAGCUCUCCAAACCCUAACUCCGGAUGGUGACGGGUCUGGUUUCUUCCAACCAGGUGAAAGAAGAUAAGGUGAGGGGUAGUACUGUCUUUUCCCAUAUGUGUUUUUCCUUUUCCAUUUUUUCCUCUCAUUUAAUCUUUGCAAACCUAACGAUGUUACAAACUAGGGAUAAAUGGCUUGUUCGUUUCAAAGUUACAGGGGUAAAAUCACAAAGUUUAAAAAGAAGAGGUAAAAUCACCAUUGAUGUUUGAACUAGGGGCAAGAAUGCUUUUUUCCUUUAAGAAAAACAUGCUGUACAGAUGUAACUGGUGAGUUGGUGAAUAUCCCUGUCAGAAAAUGAAGUUCUGGGGGGCAGCCUUUUCCAGUUUCCGGUCCCUUUACAGUCAUAUAAAAUCUGUGGAAAUAACUGUAAAGUGUACGUGUUAUUGCCAAUCCUGGACAAUAUUUUGGUGUUGGACUUCCAUCAAGAGAUUUCUAUAGGAGAUUUGUUCUUGCACUUAGAGAUAAGAUUAUUAGUUUACAACAAGAGCAGUAAGCAGGCCAUAGUAGAAUGCACAAAGGAUGAAAGGAGGAAAACAGUAUGGGCAUAGCUGAUCCGUCUUUUACACACUGGGGUUCGGAAAUUGCGCCAACCCUCUUCUCUCUACAUUGGGUUUUACGAUUACUGAUCCCAAGACGAAAUGAAGGUCUUCUAUUGCAAGAUUUCUAUUCCAAGGAGAUGUAUAACCUUUCCCUCCAGUUUAUUACUGAGUUUUACACCUUCCAUGAUCAGAAACUGAGCUCUGUUCGACUGUUCUAUGUGGGUAUUUGCAGCAUUUGUAUGAGCAUUUGAUUGCCAACAUCAGCUACAGACUUUGUCUCCCAUACACCUGAGUGCCGGACAUUUCUCAGCACUGCUGCUCAUGGAAGAGGAAAAAUACCCCAAAGGGCACAGUAGAAAAAAGUAAGAUAUGCCUGAUGGAUUAGAACUUGGUUUGGGGUUUAUCGAUCAUAGUUGACUGCUUGUGCUUGGUGACUCAUGAAGUUCUGAAGGGUUUGCGAUUGAUUAUUUCUUGAAUUAUGACCAAGUUCAAGGUCAUGAUAUCUGCCAGUUUCCCAGGUUCGACUUCCAGAAGCCUGCAAGUUGCUGAAGCUGAGCUGGCGCCGGGCAUAUAUGAUGAACUCCAGUUGAUGAUUUACUGAGCUGGGUUUUGUUCCUAGGAGCUGGUAUAUUGUUUGUUAUCUGCAGAAUGUACAUGCACCAUUGCCCUCAAAAAAAAAAAGUACAUGCACCAUUGAUGUAAAUUUUUUUGCUAAAAGCUGGUACGGUUAUGCUAGCUACUCUUCAUUUGAAGUUUAUCUCUGUC